GUAUUAGGCGAGCGGAAGAACUUUCCCUGCUGAGGCAAUCGGAAGACACAAAAAAGAAAAAGAAGAAAGACAAGAACAAAGAACCAGUCAUAGAAGACGUUUUAAAUUUGCCUCACUCCCCGGGGAGUUUAGGAUUGCCAGCAAGUCCCGGCUUAUACAGCAAAACCAUGAGUCCCAUUUACAGUCCUACCAGCGGUACGCCUGACUCUUCGACCCUCGCAUGGUUCGGGGACAGCCCGCUAGCCAAACAGAACUGGAACAACCUUGCUUCCAACCACCCCGUCUGUACACCAGAAACGCUUGCGGAAAUGUACCAGCCCCGAACUUUAGUUGACAAAGCAAAACUCAGCGCUGGGUGGCUAGAUUCAUCCCGAUCGCUUAUGGAACAAAGGAUCCAGGAGGAAGAUCAGCUGUUGUUACGCUUCAAAUACUACACCUUCUUCGAUUUGAAUGCAAAAUACGACGCGAUUCGGAUCAACCAGCUGUACGAACAGGCCCGAUGGGCUAUUCUGCUGGAAGAAAUUGACUGCACGGAGGAAGAGACCUUCAUCUUCGCUGCAUUGCAGUAUCACAUCUGCAAGCUGUCGUUAUCAGGGUCGCAGGAUUUCACACCUGAAGCCGAAACCGAUGAAGUGGAGGCUGCUCUUGUGAAUCUGGAAGUAGCUCUAGAAGGUGGAAAAUCGGACAGUAUUUUGGAGGACAUCACAGACAUACCAAGACUUGCAGACAACCUCAAGUUAUUUAGAUCCAAAAAGCUAACACUGAAAGCCUUCAAGGAAUAUUGGUUUGUCUUCAAGGACACGUCAGUAUCUUACUUCAAAAAUAAACAAGCUGAACACGGGGAGCCAAUUGAGAAACUGAACCUAAGAGGGUGUGAAACUGUGCCAGAUGUAAGUGUAUCAGGGAAAAAAUAUGGAAUUAAGUUGCUCAUCCCUGUUGCUGAUGGAAUGAAUGAAGUACACUUGAGAUGUGACAACGAGAAUCAGUAUGCCCGAUGGAUGGCGGCCUGCACCUUGGCUUCCAAAGGGAAGACCAUGGCCGACAGCUCCUACCGUCUGGAGGUCCAUAACAUCCUGUCGUUCUUGAAAAUGAAAAGCCGGGCUGCUGCUCCCCAGGCCGUCUCCGACCCAGAAAGCAUGGACAUGAAACCGGAGUGCUUUGUCGCGCCGCGAUACUCAAAGAAGUACAAGUCCAAACAGCUGACAGCUCGCAUUCUGGAAGCCCACCAAAACAUCUCCCGCCUGUCCCUGAUGGAAACCAAACUUCGGUUUAUCCAGGUGUGGCAGUCGCUUCCUGAGUUUGGAUUGACGUACUACAUUGUAAGAUUUAAAGGCAGCAAGAAAGAUGAUCUCCUGGGAAUCUCUUAUAACAGACUGAUAAGGAUCGAUACAGCCACCGGGGAUCCAAUUACAACAUGGAGAUUCUCAAACAUGAAACAGUGGAAUGUGAACUGGGAGAUACGGCAGGUGGCAAUUGAAUUUGAUCAGAACGUGUCCAUCGCUUUCACGUGCCUGAGCACCGACUGCAAGGUCGUCCACGAAUACAUCGGAGGCUAUAUUUUCCUCUCCACCCGUGCCAAAGACCAGAACGAAAGGCUGGACGAAGACUUGUUCCAUAAAUUAACUGGAGGGUGGGAGUGAGGGGACGCUGCACCCGGAUUAUAUCAGCCCAAGGAAACUACAAGAGAACGUUCAUCUCUUCUGAACAGGAGCAGGGCGUUCGGCUGUCCUGAUCUUCAGUCUCUUUCC